UCCCGUCGCCUGCUCAGCAGCAUGGACAUAUCGCCGGCGGAGGAUGCGAAGGGGGAGAAGGCGGAGGGGGUCCUUUUAUGGUGGCGGCGGUCCAGCCGGAGGAAGCUCCGUCUUGUUGGGUUCGAUGAGCUGCCAGAUUACCUCAAGGACAACGAGUUUAUCCUCAAUCACUAUCGCGCUGACUGGCCGCUUCUUGAUGCUCUUCUCAGCGUGUUUUCCUGGCAUAACGAGACCCUCAAUGUCUGGACGCAUUUGGGGGGUUUCUUCCUAUUCCUUGCGCUCACUGUGGCGGGAUGCGUCGACGGCCUUGAAAAGCUCCGCAGCAACUUCGCUCCCACCAUCUCCAGGAUGAUGCUUUUAUCGAUCAAUGUUCCGAUCCGUAAUAACUACUCGGCAAACACUAUCUCGGGCGCCCCCUUGCACACUUCUGCGGAGAGGCAUCCAUCAUACUCAUAUCAGUUCGUUCGGCGAGCGUUGAAGACGCCCCGAAAGACAAUCAGCCUGCCAAGAAAAGAAACAUAAAACAAUUAGUUGUUAAAAGGGUUUUCUCAAGCGAAUGUGACAAUGAGAGGAAUUUGUUGGACGAGGUUCCGUUGGAGUAUCGGAGACAUGGGAAGGGUUCGGGCGUCAUCCUUGCACGGUCGCUGGACGUUCAAGCCGAGCGGAUGGAAGAGGUGCUUGGCGGAUUCCUUGAAGUACACUACCUAUGGGCUGAUAGAGCUGCAGGUGUUCCAGCUGCUCCUGGUGAGAGUUCCUCGUCUUUGCUCUAGUCCGAAGUGGAUGGACUCCUUGUCGACCUGAUUCCUGUUUCUGACUCGCCAGAGGCCUGACUAGGUUAAGCGUCGACUCCUUGGAAGGUCGUGGGAGAUCAGUCGGCAGCAGCCGAAAGGGAGUCAACUGACUCUGUGGUUCUUUUGUUGUGGUUUAAGAAUUAGGGCAUUGUAUAAAUAAAUAUAAAAUAUAUACAAAUACAUAAUAAUUCAAUGACAUGCACAAAAAUUUUACUUAGUAUGUUUAUGAUUUUAUAUUUUGGCAAAAGUAUAUUUAUAUUCGAAUUAGUCAUAAAACAAAUUUAGGUACUUUUGGGUCUUAAGAAUGGCCAAAAUCAUCCUCAUUGGUAUUGAGAUAUACCUCAUUUCAAACCCAGGGUUUGUGCUAUUAUGCUCAUAUUGAAGCACCUGUUUGGCAAUCAGAAAUUUUACCAUUAAAACAUUUAGGGACAUUUACAUACAUAGCACACAAAGCUUACACAUUUACAUAUGUCACACUAAAACUUUCAUAUUUACAGACACAACACUCAAAUGUCUAAUAUCACAUAAAUAAUAGCACUA